UUCCUGCCAAUCUACUGCUCCACACUCCAGUCCAGUAGGUGAUGGUAAUGCACCAAAUCGUUGUUUGCCAACCACCAAUAAAGCUCAAAGAAGAAGAAGAAGAUAACCAACAGUGAACUCUUCUCUUCUCUGCAGCAUGUCUUCAGGAAGACCAGCUUGACUAUUUUCUGUCAUUUUGACCAGAAAGUGACUUUUUGUAGUUGGUGCUGCAGCCUUUAACCUUUAACCUUUGACCUCUAACCAGCAUGGAUGAGAACACUUUAAAGCAGCUGGUGAAGCUCACUCAGGAUGGACAGGUUGACUCUCUGCAGAGACUGAUGAGCAGCUCUGAGGUUCAGUCUGUCAGCAGGAGACACUUCGGUCGGUCUGGGGACACCCUGCUGCACUAUGCUGCCAGGAGAGGACACCUGGACAUGCUGCAGUAUCUCAUAAAGCAGGUGUGCAUGGAUGUGGAGCUGCACAACAACGACUACAAGAGGCCUCUGCACGAAGCUGCUUCCAUGAGCCACCAGGCCUGUGUUAGCUACCUGCUGCAGGAAGGAGCCAACGUGGACAGUCUGAAGAAAGCUGACUGCUGAACCUCAUCAUGCAGCAGACAACAUCACACAUCCCCAGAGACUCAGGGGGCUUUGUGAGGACGCUUGAAGACGAGGCUUUCUGUGUUUUCCUGACAUUGUUCCAUAAGAUCAUGCCACAGGUGGACAUGCUUUUCAACCAGCUGCAGAAGAGGAACAUGGACCCUGUCUUCAUCAGAGCACUGGUCCAGAGGUUCACAGACAGCAUGCUAACCAUCAGAUAAAUAACUCCCAGAUAUUUACUAUUAGCUGAUAAAGCUGUUGUUAGAAAGAUGAGUUGCUCACUUCCAACAGUCUGUAAAAGCCUGAAUGUGCCUUGUCAUCAAAGUGAAUGAACAUCAUAGAAAAGCACAUCACAAUAAUAUCUGUUUAGAAGUUUAAAAAGGAAAGAGACAAUCAGAGUUGGAUAAUAAUGCAGGUAAAGUAGUUAUUAAACACAAUCCACCAGGUCAGCUUCUAGAAGAGGCCUAGUUGUUAUUGAAGAUGAAUUUAAUUGUUAUGCAGACUAUACGCAGGCUAAAUGCACAGCAGAAUAACACUACAUUGCAUCUGGAUCAUGAAUGUAAUAUAAACAAAGUGAAUUAUAUAACCAUACUGUAAACAACAGUGAGUAUAUUGCACACAAUGAAUAGAAUUGCACAUGGAUCCAGUUCUCUUUAUACAUCCAUGAUUAAAACCAAUACCAGCCAUUUCUCAUAUUAUAGAAGAUAAAUAUUUGCUUGUAACAAACAGAAAGAAUGAGAUAAACUCUGAAUUCAGUCGAGGCUUCACUUCAGUUUCUCAACUGACUACAAACAGAUUACGUCUGGAUUUAGGUGUAAAGUCAGCUCCUUCAUAUUUAAUAUGUUUGAUGUCAAAUAAACAAACAGAACUGAUUAACAUGCGUACUCUAGAUUUUAUAUUCACUAAUCAUGUCCGUACAGGAGGAUUCCAGUUUCAUGUGUGACUCUGCCAGUUUUCACGUUACAUGACUGAACACAGACACAUAAAGUCGCCCGUGGAGCUUCUUCCCUCAGAAAUCCGUGUUGAAGCUGUCGUUCUCACCACCGUUCAUGUUCUGUUGUUCCUGCUGGAGCUGCUUUCUGCCAGCAGAUGUCACCGUUCCCUCUGUUUUAGCACAAAGGAGGUUUAUCAGAAUGGAUGCAGUGAACACUGAACUGAUGCUGUGAAUGCUUUCUUCCUGACUGACUUGGUGUUGUAAAGGUUAAGUGUCAUCAUGAUGUAGUUAAACUGGAUUUAAAAUGAUGGAAACUGGAUUUGAAAUUAAACUCGGCACACAAGUUUCACAAACGUCCACUUGGACUCAAGUAUGACCUGAUUAGAGUUUGGUUGUCAAAGGUCAAAGGUCACCGUGUCCUCAGAAAACACAUUUUGGCCAUAACUCAAGAAUUCAUCUGUUAAUUAUGACACUUUCACACAGAUGUUAAUUAUGAUAAAAUGAUGAAGUGAUGACA